AGUUUCAGUCUCAGCUUCAAAAGAACAAACACACUCAAAACAAAGGAAGCCGGUGCUGCCUGCAAAGGAAGCAGGAAGCCGCCAGCCCAGGGCCUGUGCUGAGCCCAGCUGCUGGAGCUCAGGGACAGCACUGGGGAUAGCAGGAUGGAGUCCGUGGCACUGUACAGCUUCCAGGCCACAGAGAGUGACGAGCUAGCCUUCAACAAGGGCGACACGCUCAAGAUCCUGAACAUGGAGGACGACCAGAACUGGUACAAGGCUGAGCUCCGAGGAGCUGAGGGCUUUGUCCCCAAGAACUACAUCCGUGUCAAGCCCCACCCAUGGUACUCGGGCAGGAUUUCCCGGCAGCUGGCUGAAGAGAUCCUGAUGAAGCGGAACCACCUGGGUGCCUUCCUGAUCCGGGAAAGCGAGAGCUCACCAGGCGAGUUCUCCGUCUCUGUGAACUAUGGGGACCAGGUGCAGCAUUUUAAGGUUCUGCGUGAGGCCUCAGGGAAGUACUUCCUGUGGGACGAGAAGUUCAACUCUCUGAAUGAACUGGUCGACUUCUACCGCACCACCACCAUUGCCAAGCGGAGGCAGGUCUUCCUGCGUGAUGAGGAACCUCUGCUACAGUCGCCCCGUGCCUGCUUCGCUCAGGCCCAGUUCGACUUCUUGGCCCAGGACCCUUCACAGCUCAGCUUCCGCCGCGGGGACAUCAUCGAGGUCCUGGAGCGCCCGGACCCGCACUGGUGGCGAGGUCGUUCCUGCGGGCGCGUGGGCUUCUUCCCGCGGAGCUACGUGCAGCCGGUGCACCUGUGAGCGCUGCAGAGCCGCCGGGGCGAGCAAGAACUGCUGUCCGGACCAGGAUGCGGACGUCCUGCCCGGGUUACAGCGAGCUCGGCGGAAAGUCUGAGACUGAACUUUGGGUCUGCACGGCCCGGGGACCCUUAGCAAAAACUUUGACCAGCCCCCAUCGCCCAGAGCUGCGCGGUAUUUAGUAGGCACGGCCAGGUGGUGCCAAGCUUGCGGCCUGGCCGCUCCCCAUUGGCCCCAGCGGUGUGAUGUCAUGGGGCGGGCUCUCCGGAGGCCCCUCCCACCGCCGUCAAAGGCCUAAUCCUGGGGAGCGCUGAGGACUGCGGCUCAACUCAGAGAAUCGUGGGGUUCCUGGGUGGGCGCGCCUGAGCAGACAGCUUGCAUAAAGGCCCUCGGCCUUUGGGGAGGGAGUUCACCUCCAAGGACCUAGACUUACCAGGGCCUGUGCUUCUCCGCAACCCCAUGCCUGUGGGCUCCCCAUGCCUCAGACCUCUGACCCCCACAGACACUUGAGGUGCGGCUGAGGCCGUGAGACCCGAACGCAGGGGGCGGUGGUGCAAAGGUGAUGGCUCCGUUACUGUUUGCUGCUGGCAUGGACAGCUAUGGCAGGCAGACCCGGGCCCCGCGCGUGGGGAAACCGAGCUGCUGGGGCUCUCCUUUCGUCCUGGCUCUACACAGACCAGGGUCUGGCCACUUGUGGGCAGACAGGGCAGUCCACAGGCCAGUGGGGUGUUGGGGCUAGAGCUGGAUUUUGGUCGGCCAGCAGUGGGAAAAAAGGGACAGGCAGCCUAGGUAGAGGCCCGCCUUGAGUGAAGGUGGGACAUCCAGAUGGAAACAAAUGGACGCCUUCGGGAGCAGGAGGACAAAGUGGGAUUUGGGAAGGGUUGGAAUGCCAGGCACCUGGCAGAGGGAUCUUGAACACGGUGCAAGAAAGCUCCCUGGCCCACCAGGAGACGGCAGGGUGGAAGAGGAGCCCAUGAAGCUCCUGCAGCCCCGUUAGGAGGACCUGUGUUGUAGGUGUGUGGGGCUCCCCCUCUGUUCAGGGCUGGCCCAAGGCCCUUUGAGUACUGAGCCCUGGCAAAUUCCACUGCUUCUACCACGGGCCUGUGUAUUCAACAUAAAAACCAUGGAACCAAUAUAA